AUGUUGCUGAUAGCAGCUUUAUUACUAUUAGGGACAGCUAAGCAUUUUACUGUAGAGCUAAAGAGCCGUCAUACCUAAGAACAUUUAAUAGAAAUAGUAAAUAUGUUGUAACAUUCACAUGCUUAAUUGUUGGAGGAAAGUCAUUAUUAGAAGAUUGGAAAGUAAGUUGAAGGAGCACUUUAAUUUGAGACAGUGAUGUUAGAAAAGAACAUUUAGAAAAAGAAUUUAAAACAUUAGAGUCAUCAUAAUAAGAAAUAGGAACAUCAUCAUAAGAAAAGAAAAAAUACAAAUAUGGUUGUAAAUGAAUCAUUGAUGGAUGUAAUACCUUUAACAUCUGAAGAGAAAGGUAUAUUUGAAGAAUCUGGUGCAUUAGCUCCUGUUGAUAUACACAUUGAGGAAUAGAUGGAACAUCAAAAUUAAAAGUUAUUGACAACAGAUAGAAAUUAAGAUGGUUCGUAUAUUGCAGAUGUACCUUUGACUAAUAUAGCAAAUACAAUGUUCAUAGGUGAAUUAUAAGUAGGAAGUGCUUAAGGAAAGAAUGCUUUUGAUGUUAUAUUUGAUACAGGUUCUGCUUUGACUUGUAUAGCUUCAGAGUAAUGUAAAGAUAUUGGAUGUUAAAAGAGUAAAAGAUAUAAUAGAGCUGAAAGUUAAUCAUUUAAUGAGAUUGGCAAAUCAGUUGAAAUUGUAUUUGGUAGUGGAACAUUGAAAGGAUUAAUAAAUAGAGAGAGAAUCAAAGUGGAUGGUUUAGAUUUGAAAGAUGCUUUAUUUAUUGAAGUUACUUAAUAGAUUGGAGAUGCAUUUCAUGAGGGUGAAUUUGAUGGUAUAGUAGGAUUAGGGUAUCCUCAUAUGACAGGAGUUCCUACUUUAUUUGAUUAUAUGAUCUAAUAACAUAAACUACAUUCAAAUGUUUUUACAUUCCAUUUAAAUAGAGCUACUGGUAAUUCAGGAUCAUAAUUAAUUUUUGGUGGAAGUGAUGAUUCUUAAAUUAAAGGAGAAUGGGUUUAUCAUUAAGUUCAUGAAUAAUUCUAUUGGUCAAUAAUGGCAGAAUAAAUUAAAGUUGGUAAUAAGGAUACUGGAAUUUGUACACAUUAACAUAAAUGUAAAAUGGUUGUUGACACAGGAACCACUCUGUUAACAGGACCAACUAAAGAUGUUAGAACAUUAUUAUCAAUGAUAAGAGUUGAACCAAAAUGUUAAAAUUAUCCAACAAUGCCAGAUAUCACAUUUGUUAUUGAUGGACAUGAUUACAUUUUAUCACCUAAAGAUUACAUUCUAACUAUUACAUGUAUUAAUAUAUUAUUUAUAUUUAAUAGAAUAAGGAGUUGAAGCACCUUAUCAACAUUCAUCAAUGGAUUAGAUUGUUGGUUGUGCUGGAACUAUUUUUCCUUUGGAUCUCCCACCAAAAUAGUAUAAUUUUAUAUUAAUUAUAUAGAGGUCCAUUAUGGAUCUUAGGUGAUGUCUUUAUUACAAAAUAUUCUGCUAAGUUUGAUAGAGAUAAAAACAGAGUUGGUUUAGCAUUAAAUAAGAAUCUUGAAUGAAA